GCAGAUUCCGUGGAAGUGAUUCAAAGCGGGGGUCGAAGAAUUGUGAUUCAUACUUGACCAGAGUUGAGUCAAAGUGAACCGAGUGAAGAAACGAUGUCGGGCCGCAACGACUGUCGCAUUUACGUCGGAAACCUUCCCCCGGACAUCAGGGAGAAGGACAUUGAGGAUCUGUUUUACAAAUUCGGUCGAAUUGUGUUCGUCGACUUGAAGAAUAAACGCGGGCCGCCGUUUGCCUUCGUCGAAUUCGAGGACUCAAGGGAUUGUGAAGACGCCGUGCAUGCGAGAGAUGGAUACGAUUACGAUGGCUACAAGUUGCGCGUGGAGUUUCCUCGUGGCACUGCUCGGGGGCCGGGUGGACGUCGGGACGGUGGCGGCGGCGGUGGUGGUGCUGGUGGCGGCGGACGAGGACGUGGGCCGCCGACGAAGCGAACCCCGUAUCGCGUUCUGGUUACCGAAGCUCGAAAACAAGGGUAUGCGUUUUAUUCGCAUGAAGAGUUCAGGAUAUUGUCGGAUUUUUGCACUUUGAGAUACAUGAGUCAUUUGCUGAAGGGAAAAUCAUCCGGAUUCCACAGUUGGGAAUCCAUGAUCGUGAAGCAGGUUUUGCGUGAUUUCCAGAACUUGACCAAGGUCAUGACAUCGCAACGAUUACCGAGCACUGGCAGUUGGCAAGACUUGAAGGACCACAUGCGUGAAGCCGGAGAAGUUUGCUACGCUGACGUGGACCGCGAUGGAACCGGAGUUGUGGAAUUUUUGCGCGAGGAAGACAUGAAGUAUGCCAUCAGAAAGCUGGACGACACCAAGUUCAAAUCUCACGAGGGUGACACUGCGUACAUUCGAGUCAAGGAAGAUGCAAGUGGAGGAUCUGGAUCGCGCCGUUCGAGGUCUCCUCGUGACCGCGGUUCUCCGAAUUAUUCGCCGAGGAGCGAGGACUGGAUUCUGGUGUCAAGAGCAGCCGUUUGA